AUGUCCAACUCCGGCUCUGGCUCUGGCUUUGGUAGAAAAACUACUAUCCACCACAACGACCCAAACCGCUUUUUGGACGUCGUUAAUGCUCGGUCUCCUCCUCCUCCUCGUGGCAGUAGUAGAUCUCGUACUGGUAGUGGACCCAGGACAGAUUCACCUAGACGACCCGAACCCGGACCAAGACCGUUCUCCCCAAUCCCGAUCCCUAACGCGAUACCGAGGCUGAGAUUGAGGGUGGGAAGAAGAAGAAGGGUUAGUUUCGAGGAACCCGAUCCUCACCCUCCGUAUGCUUUCGAGUAUUUCUCUUCUUCCGAUUCAUCUUCCUCCUCUUCGUCUUCUUUCCCACCCCCAUCACCAUCAUCAUCGUCAUACCUAUCCACCGCCUUCUCGUUCGACAACGACGACAACAGCAACUUUGACAUCCUCGGCAACGACGACGACCUGGCAUACAACACCAUCGCCGCCGUUCCAAGCGGAGGAAGGGAGGAAAGAGGCAGGAUAAGGAUAAGAUCAAGAUCAAGGGAACAGCAAACAGGCAAUCACCGAGUCACCAUUCACCACGGCGUCCGCCAUUUCUAUCCCAACCGUAACCGCCCGCCGUCACCACCACUUCCACCCGUUCCUCCACCACCUGCUUUUCUAGGGUUUCACCACCCAGUUGCCCGUGUCCGGUAUCUCCCCGCCCCGAGACACGUCCCUGCUCCGAGACGGUUCCCUGCUCCGACUCUAACAAUUCGGCAAAUAAACCGCUCUCCAUCUCCUGCUCUUCUUCCGAGGCCUUUCCAACGGGUACGCUUCCGAGACGAGCGAAGUGAGGACGGCGAAGAAGUGGAUGAUGGACUGAGAGUCACUGUCAGAACCAGGACCGCAACCAACGGGACCAACGGGCAAAGAAGAAGAAGAAGAGAGUUUGAUGCCGAAGAGGAAGAUAGCACGACCGUGACUACCACUGCCACUACCACUACCUCCUACCAAUACCACGACGUAGACGAAGCAGACGCAGACGAAAUGCCCAGAGCGGCGUGGGGAGUGUUGUUUGAUGCGGAUGAGAGACCGACGGAGAGGUUGAGGGAGGUGUUGGCAGCUUUGGGGAGAUGGGUUGUCCGUGAGAUGCCCGGGGGAAGAUCGACCAUAUUGGAUAGGCAGAACGUGCUCAUCAGUCCGAGAAGGAUGAGGAGGUUCUUUGAUCGGUAUUAUGUGACAGGGCCGAGGGAAGAGGAGGAAUGGAGGUAUUGGGAUGUCUUUAGAAACGAGACCAGCGAUGAAUCGAUAACCCGAAUCCAAAGGUUUUAUGACGACCUCGACGUCGAAUACCGCCCUCGCACACUGCCCCAGAGCAAAGCCACUCGGCCUUCUCCAUGCCUCACGCCCAGAGGUUUUGCCGAGUUUCUGAUCAAGUUGAUCCUGAGCUAUCCUGAAAGCCAGCAUCAGUUACUCUCAAAUGUGUUCAGAAUUAAUCAGAUCACGGCGCCGAUGGACAAUCUGAAUAGGUGGGGAGCAAGAGGAGGCGAAGGCCUGCUACCCGGCCAUCUCGACAGGUCCUUGUUCCCGGAAUUCAUGGACACCGCGAUGGAAGCAAGAGUCAGACGGGCCUUGAUGGCAGCUGAGUUUGGGACUCCAGGACGGCCGGCAGCAGGAAGGAGCGGCUCACUAGAGAGACUGAGGGAAGAAAGAGCAACAAGACAGAGACAAUCCGACAGAGACAGAGCGAGGGAACGAAGGAGGGCCGAGUACGAUGGAUACCGACUCAGAGGCGGGGGCAGCGAUGAUGAUGCUGACGCGGCUGAGCGAGGGCGAAGUAUGGAGCGACGUUCCUCAAGCCGAGUGGAAAUCCGGAGCACAUCACCCGGAGUUCAGCGAGUGACUACGAUAGUCCGAUCCCGGUCAAGAUCAAGAUCCCGCCCUCGGCCAUCAGACAAUCCUCAAACCUCCUCAUCAUCGCAAGACCGCAAACCAGACAACCUCCACGUGCGCUUCAUCUCCGGGACCAAACGUCCAAAGAGAAAGCGUCCGGCCGUUAAUCUCUCCUGCAAGACGCCAACCGUCACCAAGUGCCACACCAAGUUCGAAGACUAUAGCUGUCUUUUCCCGCCACAUCCGGUAGUCUCCUGCCAUCCACGACCACGGCCCAAGGUGCCGGCCAAGUGCAAGCCUCCAAAGCCAAAGCCGACACAUUAUCCCCGUCUUCCACCAGGUCACCCACCCAUCUCACUCCCAUCACCUCAUCCAGCUCCAGCACCAACAUGUCACUCUCCUGCCACUACUCAACAAGUCUGCCACUCCAAACCCAAAGCCUGCGCCACUUACAGACCCCGUCCACGGCCCGGUUGCAACACUGCCAGACCCCGUCCCCGUUGUUAUGGCCCAGAACGCAUCUACCGCGAAAUUCCAAUCAUCCAUGAGAUCCCCGUGCGCGAGAUCCGCGAAGUGGAAGUCGAAGUGCCCGUUCGCGUCGAAGUUCCCUAUGAAGUUCCGGUGAGGGUUCCUGUCCGGGUCAAUGUUCCGGCGCCGUAUCCGGUGCAUGUGCCUGUUCAUGUACCAGUUCCGCAGCCUUAUCCUGUUUAUCAGAACUACAACUAUAACAAUGGAUACGAUGGGUAUGGGGAAAGAAGGUAUGGGACUAGAGCUGAUGAAGGGCCUUGGUAUCCUUUUAAGGCGGUGACUUGGCAGAGUGGACCACCGUUUUAG